CCAUUAAAGUUUGUUGCUAUAACGACACCGAAGUAACAAAAUGGCGUACGAUGAAAGCGAUAAAUAUUAUUUAGAAAAGGUACAGUUGGAGCUGGAAACUGAUGAAGACUUUAUUUACGAAGAAGUUCCAAUCGAUGAGGAUUUUGUUGUAGGAGAGUAUGAUGAAGAUUUGGAUAUCGCUGUGAGGACAAUCCGAGAAUCGAUAGAGGAUGAACAAGCCACGGCCCGCCACGAGAGCGAAGCUCGAGCAUCGGUCACACAAACACCAGAAAUCAUCGAUGAUUUCGUCAGGAACUUUCUCGUUCGUAUGGGAAUGACGAGAUCCCUCGACUGUUUCCAGACUGAAUGGUACGAGCUACAACAGAAGGGACUGUUACAUGAGGAGGAUGUUGGGAUUGUUCCCGAGGUUUACACGCGGAACCAGGAUCUCGACAUGGAGGUCAAGUUUCUCAAAAAAGAAGUCGAGAAAUUCAGAAGCGCAGCACUGAAAGCGAAAGAGACGUUGGUUAAGAUAAGGAAAGAUCGUGACUAUCACCGCAUGCACCACAAGCGAGUGGUCCAGGAGAAAAGCAGACUGAUAGAGGACUUCAAGAGACUGAAGCGCCACUUUGGUCAGUAUGAGCCGACAUUGCAGCAACUGAAGUCGAAAUACGAGGUUGCCAUGAAGGAAAAGAUGUUGGCGAAGCUGGAGCGGGACCGAGCUGUUGGUCAGGUGACCGGGCUACAGAGCACGCUCAAGAACAUCGAGUCCUACAAGGGGGGAUCAGCGAGGUCGUCACAUGACAACACAUGUCAACAUGGCAGCCUCGACUCGAGUCAGACCGAUCCGGGCCCCACUCAGCAGAUGUUGCGAGCAGAGAGAGAGAAAUAUGUGAAAGACGUACAGCAGUACCCUGAAGACUACAAGAGACAUCCAAAAGAUUCUGAAUUCCCUGUAGACACUGGUGUAAACCCGUACCUGAGUAUGUCAAAAUCGCCGUCCAGUCACCUGACACGCACCGGUGGAUUCAGACUGUCGAACACGUUCCAGGCUCACGCCCAUCCCAUAAGUGGAUUAGCUCUACAUCCUCGUAAGCAGAUUCUUGCAAGCUGCAGUGAUGACCAUACAUGGAAGAUGUGGGCGGUGCCUAGUGGUGACAUCAUCAUGACUGGGGAGGGGCACACUGACUGGGUCUCUAGCUGUGACUUCCAUCCAUCAGGGGCUAAGUUGGCGACCACCAGCGGUGACACGACGGUGAAGAUUUGGGAUUUCAACAAAGCGGAAUGUGUCCACACAUUCACCGACCACUCGCUGGCGGUAUGGAGCUGCUCAUGGCACUCAUGUGGAGAUUUCCUUGCAUCCAGCUCGAUGGACAACACGGCAAAAGUCUGGGAUCUAAACAGUUUGCGGUGUCGGUACACACUGCGUGGUCAUGCAGAUUCAGUGAACAGCAUAGAGUUCCUCCACUUUUCUAAUAUUCUCCUCACAGCGUCAGCAGACAAAACUCUCUCCCUGUGGGACGCAAGAACAGGCCUGUGUGCACAAACGUUCUACGGACACAUGCAUUCUGUAAACAAGGCGGUAUUUAAUAUGAAGGGUAACACUGUGGCGUCUUGCGAUUCUUACGGAGUUAUCAAGCUGUGGGAUGUACGAACCAUUGCCCCAAUGACAAGCAUUGACCUGGGACCACACGCAGCGAACCAUGUCUCAUUCGACUCAUCAGGUGCGAUUCUUGCUGUGGCCAGUAAUGACAGUACAAUUAAAAUGUAUGAAGUCAGUAAUGCACAGGUGACACCUCUGAUUGGUCACGAAGAUGCUGUCCAGUGUCUGGCAUUUGACAAGAGUGGAGACUUCAUGGUGUCUGGUGGAAGUGACACCACCAUCAGAAUUUGGUCCUAAAAACAUCCACAUUAUAUCUUAUUAAAUCAGUUAUCAACAAAUAUUAAAGAAGUCUUAGUUGAUAUGGAAUAUUUUUGGAAAUAAAGUGAAAAGUUUUGGAACUUUAAAUAUUCAAAAUGGUGUUUAUAUGUUGCUGGAUGUGGAUUUUGUAAUCUUUUUUUUUUUAGUGUAUUUAUUUAGUAGACUUUCAUUUUCAUUAAAUGACGGAAGGAACACAAAUUUUGAAUAGGGUGUCUUUAUUUCAAGUGAUAGUGAAUUUGUUGGGGUUUUUUUUCACCCCGACCAAUUUGAGUACAUAUUCCUUCUACUUUUAUUCCAGUUAAUUAAACUUUGGACAAAAAGACAAAUAAAACACUCCAUUAGCCCUGUGAAACGUGCACAGCAGUUUUUAUUUCUUCACUGUGGAAGUAACUGAGAAGGGGACUUAUAGAUAGAAAACUGUGAUAUCAUACCAAUAAAACUUUAAAUGUUGUGAAUUUCAUAAACAUGUGAAUAUUAAAAUAUAUAUGAAAUAAAUUUAUUUCUAGUUUA